UCUGUGGCAGACGAUGAUGACAUUUCGUUUACAAACUAAACACGGCAGAGUGAGAGCAAGAACGAUGUAAGAAGAUGGCAGGUGUAGAUGUAACAAGGGACUCACCUGUACUACACGUGGUGGUCAUAGGAUUUCACCACAAGAAGGGUUGUCAGGUAGAGUUUUCCUACCCACCAUUGAUAGCAGGAAAUGAGGUUGAUAGUCACGAGGUACCAGAAGUCUGGAAACAUCUACCAUCCCUGGCUAUUCCUGAUGGUGCCCACAACUACAUACAAGACACAAUAUUUUUCCACCUGCCAUCACGGGAUGGGAACUGUACCACUGUGUAUGGAGUUGCAUGUUACAGACAGAUGGACGCCUCUGACUUGGUGAAUAAAACAGCUGAUGUGACCAGAAGCACAGUACAGAAAAGUGUGUGUGUUCUCAGUAGAUUGCCUCUAUUUGGGUUAGUGAAAGCCAAGUUGGAGUUAAUUACGCAUGCCUACUUUGAGGAGAGAGACUUCACUAAGGUGGGAUUAUUGGAAGAGACUUACCGGAACCUCACGAUGUCAGUCACUGAAGGUGUAAGAGAUGGGUCUAGAGUGUUCAUGGGUAUGUCUGUGAGGGACGUUGUAUGUCAAUUCAGACACAAAAUUGUCUUGUUAUUCAAACUGAUACUGCUGGAACGCAGGGUUCUGUUCAGUGGCCCGCCUGUAGAGAAAUUGUGUAAUACAUUGCUUUCAAUUCUCUCCUUGUUUCCUGGUAUGAUAGAGUUUGGAUUAGAAGAAGCUACAUCUAGUAGUAGCAGUAAGAAGUUUUCGCCAACAAUGAGGCCAACACAAAUUGGUAGUGAUGAGGAGGAGUUUUUAGAAAUUCACUAUCACAGCGAUAGUUCACGACAAAGCUCCCCUAAAGUCUCCCUCGACCCUGAAAUACAGCUAACCAUAGACACACAAGUAUCUAAGCUCAAUGUUGAAGAACCCAAUUCUCCGACAAUACCAAGGGGAUAUGAUGAAGAUUCCAGGACAAGUAAUCCACUUACAGACAAAUCUUAUACUUCAGAUUCCACAAAAUUACAUUCCAGUGCCUCUGAAGACAAAGACAACAUAAACAGUAAUAGUGUUUUAAGUGGUGGAGAUAAAAGUGCAAUAAUGGAAAAAGAUUCUGUAAAUGUUUCAAAUGUAAAGUGUGAUAAAGAUAGUGAACUUCCUUUGAUACCAAAUAAGACAGAGAAAUCAGCUGUAGAAUGCGAUUCUGAUGAAAAACAGAAAUCGGAAGACCAAACCACUAAGGACCAGAACAGUGAUGUGUCCAAUCUAGAUGGCAGUUGUGAUACUGAUAUUAGGAAGGAUGAGACUAGUUUUAUAUUGGCUACAAAGUCGAGGGAGAUUAAAGUGCCCAGCAAUAGGUCUCGAGGAAGCUCUUUCCAUUCCUCAUCUCCAAGUCCGGUGACCUCCCCUGGACAAGUUGUUAUGUCAGAGAACAGCAACCCAUUAGCUAAUGUUAACUUUAUUACACAUAUAGAGGCUGUCCAAACAGGCCGCACAAUCCAGAAUAGUGAUUCUGUCAUAGACAUGGAGGAGUACUCAGAAAUGCUGGAGAAAAUGGACUCCGAAUCUACUGCAAAAAAGUCAUCAAACCCCGAGCUGUCUGUAAAUUUAGAAGCUGACAGGGAAGGUUUGCAGCAACACAAACUAAGUGAUAGUGUUGAAGAUCUUGAUUCUCCUGAAAGUAUUCAGAAGAUCGAUAAAGAAGAUUGUUUUUCUUGGGAAGAAGAUAGACUGUUCUUAUCCAUUGAACAUGAAUUAGUGUCCAGUAACAAGGAAAGUAGUGAAGAAAACUCUGAUAAUGCAAUGGAAGCUGAUGAAGUAAAUUUAGAGUCUGGGAAAAAAGAUUUAACUCGACAACACAGCAAAGUUAGUGAGGAUGGCAAGGCCGUUGUAGCUAGUAGUGAUUUAAUGGAAGUGGAUCUUGUCUCUGAAACCAGCAGUAAAAAGUCUGAUGGAGAUAAAUCACUGGAUGAAAUCAGUCUUCAAGACAGCGAUGGAAAAUUGUCUAGUCCUGGGAGUAAAGCAGCUGCCCUACGAAACAAACUCAGCUCAGCAUUUGGUACAGUGCGAGAGAAGACAUCGCGCUUAAAACGUGGAGGUAGCAGUGGUCAAAGUAGCAACAACAGCCCUGGUGAUGUACAAAUGGUCGAAAUGUCCAACUCUUAUCUUGCUUCAAGACUACAGCAAGAUGAUUGUGGCUUCCCACUUGUCAUAUUCUCUAAGGGAAAUGUGUGCCACCCAUACCUGUCUCUACAAUAUUAUGACCUGAUGCAGGAUGUCAACAUUCGAGCCUUUGUCAUUGGGGCCACCAACAUGUUAUUCAAGCAGAAGAGACACUUGACAGAUGUUGUUAUUGAUACUAUGGAGAGUCGGGUGGAUAUCCAUGACAAAGAGCUGCAGAAAGUCUUGAGUCUUACUACGGCUGAUCUGCGGUUUGCAGAAAUUAUUGUUAAGGCAGUUGUUGAAGAAGAUCCAGAUGCUGCAAAUUUUGAUGGUACAGAAUGGGAAGGUGGAGACGAGUGGUUGAGAGCUCAGUUCAGGAUCUAUCUCCAAUCUCUCCUUGUCAGCUGUCACCAAGAUGAUGUAAAACAUCAAGAAGAUUUCGGUAUGCCCUUUGUCCAAGCAUUCAAAACUACACAUAGCUACCGUGUGUGGACCAGCACAGAACAUGAGGGUAUGAAGGAUAUUGCCCUAGGACAUCCAUACCAUGGUAAUCUUGGAGUGUCUGACAUCAGAAUGAGACUGUCACAUACAAUGCAGAGUACAGAGAGAGGCAAGAAGAUUAAUGCUGCAGUAUCUCAAACUGGCAAAUACGUUCUUCAAACAGGAAAAGUUGUAGGAGGAGCCCUAACUCAAGCUCGGUCAGCCAUGUCCUCCUGGUUCAGCAGUAAGAGCAACAAGGAACAAAACUGAACAAGCUCAAUAACAGGGUUACAGAAUUGUUCGUUAGGUAUUUAUCAUAUUAAUACUACAGUUGUUACAGACUUGUAGUACUGAGCGAGGCCGAAGAUCAUUGCUGUUGAAUGUUGAUACCACCGUGAUAUUAAAGGCACAUUAUAGCUCAACUGUUGACUUUUGGAGUAGUUAGUUAUGGUUAUUUUUUACUUUGAUAGGUAGAACUGAUUGUUAAGAUUCUUGUUGGCCCUGGCUUUUGUUAGAAAAAACCUGUACAGUAUUGUGCCCCUGUUGAUAUGCCUGGCAAUUAGUUCAACCAUAUAUAGCGCAGUUCAAGACAAAUGACAACCAAUGCCACUUGAUCAUUCAUGUAACAAUCCCACACCUGUCUUUUAAGUCAGAGAUUAUGUGUUUGAGCCCCUAAUGCCAGGAUAAGUAUGAUGUGAUUAAAGACUUGAUGUCAUUUAUGAACGGUAACACCUGGUGUAUCAUUUAUUGUUGGACGUUGUUACGGGGCUGUUAGUGAUAAUAAUAGCUGUAAAGAGGACUGUUUUGUAUAACGUUAGAUUUUACAGUGCUUUGUGUUGUGUGCUUACAAUGAUCUCUGAUUUGUUCAUGUUGAGGAAAGAUUGAUUUACAAAAUCAUAUGCAUUUGCAGUUGAAAUACAUUGUAAUGAUCAUUAGCAAUCUGGAUUUAACGAGUUUAUUUGGAAAACAUAUAUGAAUGUACUGUAUGUUGGAAUUCAUAUUAAAGUAUUGAGUAUAUUGAACGAGAGAGUAGAUCAAGGUUUUCUUUCCUCUUUGAAAUUUCUAUAUAUUCAAUUAACAUGCUUCCAGACCUGCUCCUACUCUCAGAUCUUUGAUCUAUUAAACCCAACCCACACAAUGGGGCAUUUGAAUCCAUACCCUCACAAAAUCAAAGAUGAAUAAACUUACUUCAGAAAUGUCCGACAAAUUCAUUAAGUUUCACACAGCUUACGAUUCAGAAUUUAUUGGUUGUAUUUUGCUCUAUGAUAGAUGUGAGGUAUAAGGAACUUAAAGAAUAAUCAUGAAGAUAAUGGACAAAAACUAAAAAAGAAAGUCGGGGAGACUCCUAGGAAAUACAGGAGGGUUGACAAAUACAUUUUGUUGGAAAAUUUAAGAGAUAAUCUUCCCGGAUAUGAUGAAUGUUGUUCAGUCAGUGGUAAAAGCAAAAUAGCUUAUUUUACUGGAUGAACAUGUUUUGUUUUGUUGUUAUCGAGUCUAUUUACCUACAGAAGAUUUUCUUAUACAUUUACUUUAUAUCUACCACAAGACGGGUAACGUUAAAAACACAAAAUGAAUUGUCGGGGAUUAAUCUAUUGUUGAUGUGGGAAUUGAAGAUGACUUUUAUGCUUUGUGGUUUCUUGGUAAUUCUGUCUAUACAUGUAUGACUAUUGGAUCUUGCCAUUACCAGUAAAUAUUUGUUGACUCUGCAAUGCCUUUUUUUAGAUAUAUAUUAUAAAUUAUAUCUGAACAUUUGGAAAUUAGUUCAUAUUACGGUCUUGUGAAUGUGUAUACCUUGUUGUAUUGUUGUUAUAGGAAAUGUUUCCUUUAUGUUGCUAAAUUAGGUGGAACUCAUGAAAAUUAUAUUGAAGAGAGUAAAAUAUUAGAAAAGCUUACAUUUUCCUGUUAAAUUUUCUUUGUUAUCAGUUCAUCUGGAGAAUGCAAGUACAUUUGAAUCAUUUGAUAUAUAUAUACAUAUAUUUAAUCCUCAAAUUAAUUUGUCCACUUUGAACUACAAUCACAGUCUGAAGUAUUUGGAUGAACGUUUUCGUUUGGUUCAAAUGUGAUUUUGUGAAAAGAAUCAUGAGAAGACCUACAUGUUUGUUUCUUUUUAUUCUAACUGUACAUACAGUAUAUAUUACCUCUUCAGAUAAAAUCAAUUGUUAAAUUUUGUAUAUAAAAUGAAAUAAUUACAUUUUUUCCACUUUUCAUCUGACACAAAUUUUAAAAUUAUUUUUGGUAACACCAGAUGUGUUACUCAAAAUGAUGUCCCAUCUGAGAUGACAGAGAUGGAAACGUUUGUCAAGUCUCGUGUAUGAUAUUAAAUGUAGAUUGUAUUGUUCUGAAAAUUAAGAAGAAGAUAUUGUAUUCAGGGAAACGUCUACCCUUUUGGAAAUAGGGCAAUGGUAAAAGAUGUUCAAAAGGUUUAGAUUACAAUGCUGAAAUAUAUGGUUUAAAGUGUCUGAGGGCAAAUUUAACUCUGGUCAUAAGUAGGUGAAUAUGAACAUCUUUAUACAAGAGAGAGAAAAACCUGGGUAAAUGUUUCCCUGUAUACAGUAAAGUAACAGUGAAAGUUCAAAUAUCACCCUUGUUGAUAGUGCUGCGUUGGUGGUUGUUCCUGUAACCUACUGAAUUGCAGGGAAAAAUUAUGUUUAUUUUAUUAAUGAAGCGUUAAACCAGAUGUCAUUGAUUGUAAAAUAAUUAUCAAAUAUCGUAUGACACAGCUCUAUUUAUUGACAAAUGUAUAUUGUUUUAUGUAUGUUACGGACAUAUUUGGUGUUGAUAAGCGAUGAAAUCGUACUGUUUGUCUCUACUGUACAUUAUGAUAAACUAUAUUAUGUCCUUAAUUAUGUCAUAUUUGUACAGGCCAUGUGUGUUCAAGUGUUACAUGGUAAAGAAUGGUAUA